CACGUGAUUGUGACGUCACAUGUGACAUGGCAGCCUCCUGUUUUGUAAAUUGACACAAGGUCCGAUUGGUAAAAGGAAGGCUUGAUUUUCUUCGACCGCGGACCCGUAUUGUGAGCCCAAACUGUCUGAAAUGUCUCCAAAAAUCACUGGAGAGCUGCUGCGGCAGCUUCGCCAAGCCAUGAAGAAUUGCAAAUACUACUGUGAGCCGAUUCAGGCCUACAUUGUCCCCUCUGGAGACGCACACCAGAGCGAGUACAUCGCACCGUGUGACUGCAGACGGGAAUACAUCUGUGGAUUCAAUGGGUCAGCAGGUACGGCUAUUGUCACCGAGCAGCACGCUGCAUUGUGGACCGAUGGCCGGUAUUUUCUCCAGGCUAGUCAGCAGAUGGACAACAACUGGACUCUCAUGAAAAUGGGGUUAAAGGAGACGCCCUCUCAGGAAGACUGGCUGAUCAGCGUUCUGCCGGAAAACUCCAAAGUUGGAGUCGACCCGUGGAUCAUUGCAGCAGAUCAGUGGAAGAACAUGUCGAAUGCUCUGGCCAGCGCCGGUCACUCUCUGGUGGCGGUGCAGGACAACCUGAUCGAUGCGGUCUGGCCGGACCGUCCUGAGAGGCCAAGCACUCGCCUGCGGAGUUUGGGACUGGAGUACACCGGUUUGUCGUGGCAGGAGAAGAUCACCGCGCUGCGAGGGAAGAUGGCUGAGAGGAAGAUCACCUGGUUUGUCGCAACAGCGUUGGACGAGGUCGCAUGGCUCUUCAAUCUCCGUGGUGCGGAUAUCGAGUACAACCCAGUGUUUUUUGUGUACGCUGUAGUGGGGAUGAACACAAUCAGGCUUUUUGUGGACCUGAAGCGCUUGUCUGAUCCUGAGCUCCGAGCGCAUCUACAACUGGACUCUCCAGGCAAACCGGAACACAGCAUCCAGACGUUCCCGUACGAGGCGGUCUACACGGAACUCCAGGCCAUCUGUGCCGGACUCGGACCCAAGGACAAAGUGUGGAUCUGCGACAAGGCCAGCUGUGCCCUCACACAAGUGAUCCCCAGGGCUCAUCGGAGUCCAAUCCCCUACACGCCCCUCUGCCUGGCCAAGGCAGUGAAAAACGCAACAGAGAUUCAGGGCAUGAAAGCUGCCCAUAUCAAGGAUGCAGUUGCACUUUGCGAACUCUUUGCCUGGUUGGAAAAGGAGAUCCCAAAAGGAAAUGUCACAGAAAUAUCAGCUGCUGACAAGGCUGAGGAGUUUCGAAGUCAACAGAAAAAUUUUGUCGGCCUGAGUUUCCCCACCAUCUCAAGCGUCGGUCCGAACGGAGCCAUCAUACAUUACAGGCCGCUGCCCGAAACCAACAGAACUCUCACCGUGAACGAAGUUUAUCUGAUCGACUCUGGAGCUCAGUACAUCGAUGGCACCACCGAUGUUACGCGUACCGUGCACUUCGGGACGCCGUCUGCGUUCGAAAAGGAAUGCUUCACCUAUGUGUUGAAAGGACACAUCGCCGUCAGUGCGGCUGUUUUCCCCAACGGAACCAAAGGUCAUCUCUUGGACUCCUUUGCCCGAGCAGCUCUGUGGGAUUCAGGCCUGGACUACCUUCAUGGCACAGGCCACGGUGUUGGCUGCUUCCUCAAUGUCCACGAGGGGCCGUGCGGCAUCAGCUACAAGACGUUCGCCGAUGAACCCCUGGAAGCCGGCAUGAUCGUCAGUGAUGAGCCUGGGUACUAUGAGGACGGCUCUUUUGGAAUCCGUCUGGAGAACGUGGUGCUGGUGGUACCUGCUAAGCCCAAGUACAACUACAGAAACCGAGGCAGUCUGACUUUUGAGCCCCUCACACUGGUUCCUAUUCAAGUGAAGAUGAUGGACACACAACUGCUCACUCAGAAGGAGCGUAACUGGGUGAACGAGUACCACCGAACGUGUCUGGAAGUGGUCGGCGGCGAACUGGAGCGCCAGGGCAGGAUGGAGGCGCUGGAGUGGCUGAAGCGGGAAACGCAGCCCAUCGUCUGAGGCGGGACUGCUUGAGCGAUCCCUGUCACUGAAGGAGGCGGAGGAAGUACGGAUUGCAGUGCAGUGAUAAUCAUUUGUAUGUCUCUCAUCGUGUUUGUGUAUCAUGCUUGAUUUUGUAAAGCACAUUGUGUCAGCGCUUUUAUUA